AUGGUUCUAGGAGAAAAAGGAAAUAAAGAAAGUGAUUUGGAUCCCCCUUUCCUAUCAACUCCCUUCUGGAAAGGGCAUGUUGAAAUCAGAGGCAAGCACACUCUGAAGGAAAGAGCAUUUUGGAACUUUAUAAUGGAAGGAGACAACGACAAUGCUGAAAAAACCACAGAAGUCAUCUUUGAAGGAUUACAAAUGGCCUGCACAAGAGAGGAUUUCAAGACCUUCAAGCUUGGAGAGUAUAUUUCAACAAUAAUUGUUGAUGCUUCGGCGAUGCACUUGAAUUUCAGAUUCCACAGCUUGAAUAAAAAUAAGAAUAAAUUUUGCUUAACAACUAAUGUCAUGAUGAGAUUGUCCUUACAAGCUAUGAGUAACAGAGAUGCGAAGGAAUAUGUGAGGGAUGCAGCUGCAAGGAUGGAUGUCGAGUUCACAGAAGAAGGGCUUUCAAAAUAUGAUAUCAAGAAUAUCAGCCAUGUGACUCAUUGUCCCAGUCUAUUUUCAGACCCAUUUCUACCUCUACUGUUGAGUGGAAAUGUGCCACUGAAUAACAAAAAAAUAUACAAGAAACCCUUCAAGAGCCCGUUCAACAAGCUUACCUUGAAACUGGUGAACAUGCACUGCGCAGAUUCAACAAACACAACGGACUGCGGAAUAUAUGCAAUGCAUCACAUGUCCAAAUAUGUUUGUGUGCAUGCAGAUGGCCAUGAUUGUGCAUUCCCUGUGAUAGGCAGUGAUUCGAGGAAAAAGGUCCACAUGAAGAACAAGUUGGAUACUCUGGGUGAAGUACUUGGCCAAAUUGAUCGAGUCUCCAAUAAACAAGAAAUCAGAUGUUGUCCGAGAGGAUUUGAGUAA